AUGCUGUAUGUUUUAUGGCUUCAGUCCUGCACUGAUAACCAUCCAUGAAUGUAAGUUAUGACCAACACCCUAUGUAAACAGAGAUAAAGGUUCAACAGGAUAUCAACCAUUCAGUUUUUUUUUUAAUGUGUACAGAAUGGAUGUUGCCUGCAGAAAACAUGAUCUUUAAACGGCCACAUCAGCAAUCAGAUAGAUGACAAGAUAAGGGGGCGUGUGGUUUAAAAGGAGCGGCGGGCUUCGAGUGAGACACUCCUCGUUUCAGAGUCGUCCAGCUCAAACCUCACAGCAACCAUGACCUUUAACGGCACCUGGAAAGUCGAUCGCAACGACAACUAUGAUAAAUUCAUGGAACAAAUGGGAAUUAACGUGGUGAAGAGGAAGCUGGCUGCUCACGACAACCUCAAGAUAACCAUCGAACAGAACGGAGACAAGUUUCAUGUGAAGGAGAGCAGCAAUUUCCGCACCCUGGAAAUAGACUUCACCCUGGGGGUCAACUUCGAGUACAGCCUGGCUGACGGAACAGAAGUCUCGGGCACCUGGACCAUGGAGGGAGACAUGCUGAAGGGGAGUUUCACAAGAAAAGACAACGGAAAAACACUGACAACAACCAGAAUCGUGCAAGGAGAUGAACUCGUACAAAGCUACAACUACGAAGGUGUGGACGCCAAGAGGAUUUACAAGAGGGGUUAAACCAAACUGAUCUGCAGAAGUGAAGCGAGAGAAGCUGGUUUGCAUACAAUAUUGUGCUGAAUUAUAAGCUGCCUACAACAAUGUAACCUGAAAAAAAGCACACUCCCUGUGAUGCAUUGGAUUUUCAUACUUGUAAUAAAGUCAUGAACUGCCUCUUCA